AUGGGUCAUACACACCCACACUCCUACUCCCACCCUGGUGUAUUCCCUCAAACUCACCCUCAUCAACCAUUCGAUUUCAACUAUUAUCAACCAUCCUUCGCCCACCCUUCUAUAUCUUCAGGAGAUCAUUCUGAACACCGAUCCCAACCUGCAGCACCAUCUUCGGUAUUCGGAUCAUCGUCUACUACUACCAAAUCUGCUGAGUCCAGUAUCGAUCUGGGAUAUGGUUUAGCUCAAUAUCAAGUGGUGGCUACUGCCACUGCGACGGGGCAAAAUCGACGAAUGACGAUGGGUGAUGAACAGCCUAGGAAAGGUUAUGGAACUGGGGAGAUGGAGAUGGGGAUGGAUACGAAAGCAACGGGGCUGUUACUGGCAUAA